GCAAUGUCUUCUCAGAUCUCCAUUCUCUCUUAGUGAACCAAACUGACUUUACACGUGUCAUAUUAUGGAACCGCAGUACUCCAAGCCCCGAUUGUACGGGCCCCAUCCGCAAAUCAAAUUGACGAUUCCGCCGUCGCAGCUCUCCGAUAACGACCGCAGCAGCAGCGAGCUGCGUGCGCUCGAUUGUAAUCUAACGGCUCUAUGCGAUCACAUCCAAAUGGAGGGCUUCAAUUCCGGUUCGUUCUCCGAUAUCGUCGUUCAUGCGAUGGGGUCCACCUACCAUUUACAUCGUUUAAUCCUCUCUCGCAGCUCAUACUUUAGGAACAUGUUACAUGAUCCAUGGAAAGAAGCCACUGCUCCAGUGGUGACCUUACAUGUAGAUGACAAGAAUGUGAAUGGUGAAGCAAUUGCUAUGGCUUUGGCUUAUUUAUAUGGCCAUCACCCAAAGCUUAAUGAUACUAACGCGUUUCGGGUUCUGGCUGCUGCUUCAUUUCUUGACCUUCAGGAUUUGUGUGCAAUAUGCACGGAUUUCAUUAUAUCUGAGCUGUGGACUUCGAAUUUCUUAGCUUAUCAGGUAUUUGCUGAGAAUCAAGAUUAUGGGAUACAUGGAGAACGUGUAAGAAAUGCUUGUUGGGGUUACCUUUGUCAAAGUGGCGCCAUGGAAUUGAAAGAGGUUCUUCCAAAACUUUCCUCUCAAAGUUUGCAUGCAUUGCUGACCUCAGAUGAACUUUGGAUACCUAAUGAAGAAAAACGGUUUGAGCUGGCUUUGUAUGCAUUCCUCGCGAAAGGUGCAUUUUGUAAGGUAGAACAUUUUGAGCAAGGAAGUUCGAGUUCUUAUAUGGGAACAGGUAUACCUUCUGAUUCUUGUAAAGUAAUGGGAACAAAUUUGACCAAUAGCUGCAUGAAUAAGAGGUUAGAAUCUGAACUAGGAUGCCUAAACUUAACAGAUGAUGUGGAGAGCCAUAAUAUGGCUCAUAAACUCCUGGUUGAGCUUGCAGACUGUGUAGUUGACCUACAGACAGGAGUUUCUGAUUCCAAGCAACAGAUGCAACAAGCUGUAUACACUCACCCAAAAUUGGAACCUGUAUACCCCAACAAUAUGAAUCAGUCUUCAUCUUUGGAUAGCUCAUAUUCAGAUACAGAGAGAAAUAGGACUUCUUGUUCUUAUGUAACGCCAAUUGGAGUUGGAACCAGUGGGCUUGGGGCUAGUGGUGUUGCUAUGGAGGGACCAUCUGAAGAAGGCUCAUGCUACCAUUUGAAUGAUAAUAGUUGGCUUGCAAGUGACCAAUCGAAGCAUUGUUCUUCAAUGGGCUCUUCAUGUAAUGGGAUUAUGAUGAAUGAUUGGGGAAGAUGUGGCAUGCCUGGUCUUUCAUGGGGUGGCAGGGUUGUGGAUAGAAGACAGGUAAAAGGUUAUGCGAAAGGAAACUGUGGGGUUCAUGGUGAGGAAUAUAAUGCUUUUUUCAAUGUAUUUGAAGGUGGUUCUCUUUUAUACUGCAACAUGUCUUUUGAGGCACUUUUAAAUGUUAGAAAGCAGCUUGAAGAACUGGGAUUUCCUUGCAAAGCUGUAAAUGAUGGCCUUUGGCUGCAGAUGCUCUUGACACAGAGGGUGCAAGAAAUUGUUGCUGACACUUGCAAAAAUUGCUGCCACCCUAGUAUGGCUUGCACUUGCAGGCAACCUUUUGGAUUUUCUCAGGGGGUUACUGCUACUGGUUAUUUUAUGCAUGAACAUGAUCAGAAUAUUUCACCUGGAAACGUUGGGAACAUAUACGUUGCCGAUUCUUCUCAAGGAGUAGGAAAUGGCCUCUUAAGGCCUGUAAGAGUUCAUGUUAGGGGCCCAAUUGAUGGGCUUGCAGGUAUUGGACGUGGAACUACAUUUGUGCCAGCAUCUGCUUGGCCUCCAACACGUUUUGUCUUUUCCCGAGUGCCCUUUGGUGUGGGCAAUAGACAUUGUCAGCAAUCCCCAGCUAAUGAUGACACAGAGGCUAGAACUGACCACAAUGGAGGCCUACCUGGUGAUGGACUGACAGCUAUAGUUGGGUUAAGUCAAGGAGGGAGCAACUCUGCUAAUGUUCAGGGAGAGCAAACAGAGAGGGAUUAUGAGACUGAUCUGCAAAGCAGAUUGUCAGGAACUUCCAUUUCAGGGCCAAGUACUAGUGGUAUGUCCAUGCAGAUGCUAGAGUCACCAGAACAUGCUAUUGGAAUUGAGUGGGAGAAUGCAGGCAGUUCUUCAAUAUCAUUGGAUAUGAAAACGCCUCUGAGUCACUUUCCUCCUUUUCGUUUUGGGGUUGAAUUUGAGGAUGUGCACAGGCUCAAUGAUGGGCAAGUUAAGCACUCUCCAGAAUAUUUUUAUGCAGGUUCCUUGUGGAAGGUUAGUGUUCAGGCAUUCAAUGAUGAAGAUCCUCAAGGACGCCGAACUCUUGGAUUGUUUCUUCAUCGUCGGAAGGCAGAGAUUACUGAUUCUCUGAGAAAGAUUCAUACAUACGUAGAUUCUCGCGAAAAGGUUACUGCUCGAUAUCAGUUGAUUUGUCCAUCAAAGAGAGAGGUCAUGGUGUUUGGAAGCUUCAAACAAAGGGGCACUCUUUUGCCAAAAGCUCCAAAGGGAUGGGGUUGGCGUACAGCCCUGUUGUUCGACGAGCUAGCUGAUCUUCUCAUUAAUGGAACCUUGAGAGUGGCCGCUGUCGUACAGCUAGUAUGAAAGUAUUAUACAUGACGUAGACCGCAACAGCUAGUAGUUUUUCUUUAUUUGCCUCAGCCGAGGUGCUUUGCUAGUGUAAGGAUGAAUAAUAUUCGAACUCAUAACCGAGCAGCCUUUCUUUCAUGGUUUGUUUUCUUUUCUUUUCCCUUUUUAUCCUAUUGUUAAUACAUGUGAAGCAAAGUUGAUAAAUUAAACACAUUUGUUACUCUUGUCAUAGUAUAAAUUUACAUAUCCCCCUCUUGCUCUUA